CGUCUUCAUGUCAGCGACAACGUCAACAUUGCUGGUCUCACUACCAUCCUGUAAAGUUUCCCUUUCAUUCUUGCAAAAAUCCAAGAACAAAAAACAGACAAAAACCACAAUAUAAUUUAAUCCAACUUCUUAAUACACAAGGAAUAACAACAACAAACACCCUGUGCUGCAUUUCUUAAGGGGCGGGGCAUGACCUAAAUUGUUUGAGCAGACCGCUCUGUCCGUACAUGUCCACUGUCUGCUUCAGUCUUCACAGUAAACUGUGGUUUGAAGAUGGCACUGUUGUUGUCUGUGCUGCUGCUGCUGCACUUUGAGCUACAUCUGGCUCUCGGAGCAGAGACACCCAUCUGUCCUGCACUGGCUGGAGUCCCAGGUUCUCCUGGACAUAAUGGCCUUCCUGGAAGAGAUGGGAGAGACGGAAUUGCCGGAUCAAAAGGUGACAAGGGAGAUCCAGGACAAGGUAUGCAGGGACCUCCAGGUAAAAUCGGGCCAACAGGACCCAAAGGACAAAAAGGAGAUAUUGGUCUACCAGGGAUUCCUGGAGAAACCUCUUUAAUUCAGUCAGAAAUCAUCUCCCUCAAAUCGAAGCUAUCUCGUUUGGAAAAAGUUAUCAGCUUUUCUACAUUUAGAAGAGUGGGACAGAAGUACUAUGUGACUGAUGGAACAACAGGGCAGUUUGAAGAAGCAGUGCGAUUCUGCAGGAACAGUGGAGGAAAAAUUGUUUUACCAAGGAGUGAGGAAGAAAAUCAAGCGUUAGUCAAAGUUCUCUCUUCCUUUAGCUCAGCAGCUUACAUUAGGGCAACAGAUUUAAAGGAAGAAGGGAGAUUUGUAGAUGAUGAGGAAAAAUCACUAAUUUUUACAAAAUGGGGCUCUGGUCAACCAGACAAUUAUCAGGGCUCACAGGACUGCACCAUUAUCCAUAAGUCUGGAAUUUGGGAUGACAACAACUGCACUAAUAGUUUUCUUAUGGUGUGUGAAAUACAAGACAAAGACAAAUAAGAUGAUCUUAACCCCGUGUUUAUGGUAAAGUGGUUCAUUAAUCACUAGUGUAAUUCUUUUUAGCUAGAAAUGUUUAAAUACUCAUCGAAGUAGCUGCUC